UAUGCACAACUAUUAUGCAAAACGCCUAAGGAAGAAGAACAAGGUAACGACGUGAAAUAAGGAAGAAGUAAGGAAAAAGUAAGGAGGAAGAGGACCUAGUGGAUUUAGCUGUGGAAACUGAAAUAUUCAGAACAGAUUGUUGACCUUAACGGGAACUUCAUGAUGCCUGAGGUACGGGAUUUGUCAGAUGCCCUACCGGAGAUGCUGAUGGAUCCCAUCACUGGUGUAGGUGUUGUUGCCUCAAGGAACAGAGCACCCACUGGCUACGAUGUGGUUGCACAAACCACAGAUGGAAUGGAUGCCGACUUAUGGAAAGAUGGACUGUUUAAAUCGAAGGUUACACGCUACCUUUGCUUCACUAGGGUCUUCUCCAAGGAAAAUAGUCAUUUAGGAAACGUCCUGGUGGACAUGAAGCUGAUUGACAUUAAAGAUACACUGCCCGUUGGCUUUAUCCCGAUUCAGGAGACAGUGGACACUCAGGAGCCAGCAUUCAGGAAACGGAGGCUGUGUAUUAAGUUUAUCCCAAGGGACUCCACUGAGGCUGCAAUUUGCGACAUCCGUAUCCUGGGACGCUCCAAACAGGCCCCACCACAGUAUACAUUCAUAGGAGAGCUGAACAACAUGGGGAUCUGGUACCGAAUGGGGAAGGUGCCUAGAACUCAAGACUGCUCUCCCAUACAGAACAACGCUUCCGCAACAGCGUCCACCACCAGCAUACAAACAGUCACCAACUCUACUUCAGUUCCUGUCCUGCCCAAACACAUAUCUAUGACCCUACCUGCCAGUUUUAGGAGGAGUACCACUCGACCUGACUAUGAACACCAGAGCUCCACCCUAUAUGCCAUCUCAGCUAUGGAUGGAGUGCCCUUUGUGAUCUCUGAGAAGUUUGCAUGUGCUUCCAGUGAUUUACAACAGGUAGACCUGAUGGGCAUAAGGAUUAAAUCCCUUGCAGAGAUUGAAAAAGAGGUUGGAUUACUGUAAUGCCUUACUGUCUGGAUGUUCCAGUAGAUGCAUCAACAAGCUCCAGUUCCAGAAUGCAGCAGCGAGAGUCCUUACUAGAACCAGAAGAUAUGACCACAUCACCCCUAUCUUAUCCACACUGCAUUGGCUCCCACAGGCAUAGAGUGGUUCACAGGCAUAGAGUGUUGUGGUGAACUGGGAUGUUUUGAUGCUGUCGUCCCCCCACUCUCACGCAUUCACUCAGGUUUGUCGAUGAUGGAGUGGCUGGCUGCCUUAUGUCCCAGGAAGCUUCUGGCUCUCCCUUUUAGUUAUGCUGUCAUAGCUAGUCUUGCCGGAGUCCCUGCUUGCACUCUGCACGCAAAGUACAUUGUCCUUAACCAUUAGGGGACAAAAGCUUACCUAACAAUCUCUCCCUCUCUCCAUCUCUCUCUCUCACAUGCUACUUCUGAGAUGCCAGUGAUCCUGAUCACUUCUGCUCCCCGAACCUGCCUGACCCAUCGUGAUGCCCUAUUGAAAAAAAUGGUGUCUUAUUUGCACAUAUCUAAGUAACAUAAUCUGCAUUUUCCUUUAUAAGGUCAUUAUGUGAGCACUCUACUCUUUACAAAUUUUACAAAUAAUAUUAAUGGUGAUGAUAAUUAGAAAGGGAUUAAAUAUGCUUGUUUGUAUGAUGCACACCUGCUCAACACUGAAAAUGUCAGCUAUGCAGAUUUAUACUGUUAUGUUUGAACUGUUUCCUGCAUAUUACUGCAAAAUCACCUAAGAUCCACCUCAGUUAUGCGGCAUGUGCUGAUCUAUAUCUUUGUCAUUUCUGUAUGGGUCUAAAGACUAAACAAUAAAUAUCUUCAUUCUUUAUCAUACACCUUAAAGAACCGGAGUGUGUAGUGCAUUUAUACUACAUUCGCACAACAUGAACUGCAGGGUUUAUUAUCCAAAGGUAUGUAGACACCUCCACACCCAUAAGUGGGUUUCCCCAAACUGUCGCCACAAAUUUAGAGGCACACAAAUGUCUUCUGUCAAAGAGUGUCUUUGUAGACUCUAGCAUUAAUAUUUAUAUUCACUGGAACUAAGGGGCCUAGCCCAAACCUGUUCCAGCAUGACAAUACCCCUGUGCCCAAAUCAAGGUCCAUAAAGAACUUGUGUGGAAGGUCCCAAAUCAAGUUCCAUAAGAAGAACUGGAAGAACUUCAGUUUCCUUCACAGAGCCUUGACCCCAACCACAUUGUACACCAUAGGGAUGAAUUGUAACAUGGACUCACUAAUGCGCCUGUGACUGAAUGGGCACAAAUCCCAACAGCCACAUUCCAAAAUCUAGAAGAAAGCCUUGGACUCUAUUGUAAAAGCAAAGGGGGACCAACAAACAAACACACAUAUGGCUGCAGUAGUCAGGUGUCCACAUACUUUGGCCAUAUCUAAGGAUGCAGGCUGUCUAUCAGUACCACGCAUUGCCAAAACCACGGCAGGGGGCAGAGCUUUCUCUUACCAAGCCCCAAAAUUAUGAAAUAGCCUCCCAGUUAAUGUACGUGAAGCAGACAAGGUCUCAAUGUUGAAGACUUAUUUAUUUAACCUAGCAUUUAGCGACUAGUGUUUUAGACAAAGGAGUAGAUCUGGGGGACUCCUGGAUGUUGAGUGUUAUGGUGAUCUGGUGUG